AUGGCUGAGGCAAACAAAGACCAGGUUUCCCAACCCAACAACAACGCCAUGCAAAACAACAACGCCGAUUCUGUGAACCCAGAACUCAACCUGGGGCUCUCUCUUGGAGAAAUCUACACUGAAAAUCCCAACGAGAACCCUCUGGCUCGGUCUUCAACGAUGGCUGGAUUCUUAAAACCCAAAACGACGCCGGAGGAGGAAACGUUGGCUGCUCCUCUUCUUUCAGUACAGCUGCCAAGGUCAAGCUCUGUUCCGGAAAGGACAGGGCAGCGGAUGAUUAGGCACAAGGACAUACUGGCGUUGAGAAGAAUGGAGAGAAAGAAGAGGUUGGCAGACAAGCUGAGGAAAGAAGAAUUAGCUGCUUCUUUGCGAGAGAGGACUAGCCCUCCGGCAGCACAGGCAUCGCAGCCGCCCGAAGCCAACGCCAGCGAACCCUUGAGCACCGUUUUUAAGUUCGAACUCAAAGCAGAGGGAUAUAUCUCUGUAUCUGCUGCUCCAAACGGAGCAGGAUGUUUUGAGAUAUUCCCUUCCGGUAGUGACAACAAGCCGGUGGUCACCUCUUCAAAAGUGGCCACUUUAGAACAUGUCAACCCUGCACAAAAUGUCAUGGAAAAUCCCUCAAAGGCGGCUAGAUUUUCCAAUGCUGUUGUGCAGGAGGAGCUGACAUCCAAAAUGCCUUCUGUGAGAACCAUCGGAGCGGAUGGGAGGAAGACCGAGGGGGUUCUGUACAAGUAUAGACAAGGCCAGGUCGGCAUUUUGUGUGCUUGCCAUGGCAGUUUUCUCUCCCCAGCCGAAUUUGUCAAGCAUGCUGGUGGAAAUGAGGUGGCAAACCCCCUGAGGCACAUCAUUAUCUGCUCAACUCCAUCUGAUGAUUAG